CUUCACUUCAGUCGAUCUUUCUCCCGUAAGCUCUGCUGACGUAAAAGUAUCCGAAAAAGCACGCGACACCAAAUAUACAGACACAUGUGACCGGAACUGACCGGGUGUAAAUAGUAUCUGAACCUCACUGGAAAUGUAAAGUUUAUCGACAGAAGAUAUGCGUUUGACGUGCAACUACUAAUCAACCUGGGACAAGACAGAAAUAAUUCAUUAUAUAUUCAUUGUUUAAAAAUUAAUGCCUAAAUUCCCUUCCAGUAAUUAUCAGCUUCCUAACAGAGAACAGAAAGGGGACGUUUGUCAAACCGCUGUCUAAGAAGUGGAUUAACUUCACCUUAAGCACGAACAGAGUUCCAAAUGCAUUUACUCUAAUGUCUUAAGGAUAACAGUUCUGAUAAACUGAUUGUGACGAUACCAUGUAUAGCCAUAUAGUGUGUGCCUUACUCUGUCUCCUACCGAAUAUAACGGUCAUCCUUUCCAUGUGGGAUGAAUGGUGGACGUAUGAUGGUAUUUCUGGUCCGUCACGCUGGGGGUCCUACAACACGGAGUGGGAGCUGUGCGACAAAGGGCGAUUCCAGUCCCCCAUAGACAUUAACCCGGCCAGGAUGAUAUUUGAUCCGAACCUGCAACCCUUGAACAUUACAAACGAAAAGAUUGAUGGAGUCUUGAUGAACACAGGCCAUGAUAUAAGGAUUUCAUUGAAUAAAUCCCACGGAUCUCAAAUAAAUAUCACCGGUGGACCCCUGUCUUAUAAAUAUACAAUUUAUCAAAUAAAGCUUCAUCUGGGAACAGAAAACGACAAAGGAUCGGAGCACAAAGUCGCGGGAAAAGCUUUCCCUGCGGAGAUCCAGCUGUUAGCCUAUAAUUCAGAACUUUAUGCAAACGUUACACAUGCCAAAAAGUCACCCUACGGGAUUGCAGUCGUGGCCAUUCUAGCGGCGCUUAAAGAUCUAGGAAACCAGCAUUUUAGUGUUCUAGUUAGAGCUGCAGAAAAGUUAAAAGAAAAAGGACUCUUUACAGACCUAUAUAAGUUUUCUUUGUCCGAAAUUUUACCCACAACCUUAUCUUACAUCACCUAUGAAGGUUCGCUGACACAGCCAGGUUGCCAAGAGACUGCCACGUGGGUCAUACUGAACAGACCAAUGUAUAUAUCAAAUUACCAGUUGGAGAAACUUCGGGGUCUGACUAGAGGAAAUGGAAUAGGAGAUCCUCUGAUGGAAAACAAUUUCAGGCCGGUUCAGCCGGACAACAGGCGAUUAGUGAGGACCAACAUUCCAGUGAAAGAGGAACCAGAUUGUGAUAUCAAGAAAACAACUAGUUAUACUGUAAAUAAUAAGUUAAAGCCAAGUUAAUAAUCAAUAGGUGUGCUGCUACAAUUGACGGGCUUCCAUAUAUAUAUAUUUGUAUUAUUCUUAUUACAUUAGCUAGUCUUCCAGAGUAUUUAUGUGCUUCAAAGUGUCGUCUAUGCCAUCAGCUCGAGAAAUCAUAUUGAUUUUAAUGCGAGUCCGAGAGGUUUGUCACUUUUCCUGGUAAUGGCCAGGCUGUACACUUCAACCAAGGACUCUCCAUGAACCAGACCAUCAUUUUUCCUGCAUGGAUGAAACAAAGCUUUAGCCGUAUUUGUUUUGUUUGUGUGUGCCAUCUUGACAUAAUAAAGUCAUAUCCCUUG